AUGAAAAGGAAUCCUUUUGAAUGCACAAAACCGGGUAUCGGGUAUAGGCACUUUGAUGCUGCUGCCCUUUACCAUUCAGAGCAAACUCUUGGUGAGGCAAUAGCACAAGCUCUACAGCUUGGGCUCAUUCAAUCUCGCACGGAGCUUUUCAUCACAUCAAAGCUUUGGUGCUCCGACGCACACACCGACCGUGUCCUUCCAGCAUUGCAAAAAACUUUGCAGAGACUUGGGCUAGAGUAUUUGGAUUUAUACCUCAUUCACUUUCCAAUCUUCUUGAAGUCCGAGGGCUAUGAAGCGACUUUCAAUAAUAAGGAUCUUCUUCCCAUGGACUUCAAGGCUGUUUGGGAAGCUAUGGAGGAGUGUCACAGACUCGGCCUCGCCAAACAUAUAGGAGUUAGCAACUUCUCCUGCCAGAAGAUUCAGCAAUUAUUGCUCACAUCAAAGAUCCUUCCGGCCGUUAAUCAAGUGGAGGUGAACCCAGUUUGGCAGCAAAAGAAGUUAAGGGAAUUCUGUGAGAAAAAGGGUAUCCAUGUUACAGCAUACUCACCUUUAGGUGCUAGUGGAACAAGGUGGGGAAACAACCGAGUCAUGGAUUGUGAGACACUCAAAGAGAUUGCUGAUGCUAAAGGCAAGACUGUUGCUCAAGUUUGCUUGAGAUGGGUUUAUGAGCAAGGAGUGAGCGUACUUGUGAAGAGCUUUAACAAAGAGAGGAUCAAAGAAAAUCUGGACAUAUUUGAUUGGAUGCUCAGUCCCGAAGAGUCUCAGAAGAUUGACAGAAUUCCACAGCAAAAAGGGUGUCUUGGACUCCAGUUCAUAUCCGACCAAGGCCCUUAUCAAUCUGUUGAGGAGAUUUGGGAUGAAGAGAUUAUAACUUGUUAAGGUUAUAAUUUACAACCUGCUCUGUUUGGUCUAUGUGAUAUAAUUAAAACCAGGACUGCUAUGUGGGUUAGAGCUGCUGAUGUGAAGCUGCCUUUUUCAGUCAAUGAUUUCUUGUAUAACUUACAACAAAUUAAGUUUUGUCGAAGAGGGAUAGGUUGAAGCCGUGCCUGUCCUACUUCUUGUUUC